AUGUCCAGCAGGAGUGGCAACCACUGUGUGCUCAGAAAAUGGAAUAGUUGCUCUUGCGAGUUGGUUGUGCCCUCGGAGGUUCCUGAGCAUGCAAUUACGAAGUUGCACAUAUACGACUUCGACAAUACAUUAUUUGCAACGCCGGGCCCUACAGAGCAAUUGUAUACACGUGAGCUACUGAAUGUGCUGACAUCGAGCGUGUUAGCGAAUGGAGGCUGGUGGAAUGAGCCGGAGUUUCUGCAGGCUGCUAUCAAGAUCUCGAAGGUUAAACCCAGACAAUAUUCAUGGAAUGAGAAUAUUAUUAAACUGGCAGAGGAAUCGUAUUGUGCCAAGGAUACAAUCUCGAUCAUUUUAACGGGCAGAGAGGAAAACAGGUUCCAUAAGUUGAUAGAGCAUGCUCUGCAGACGGCAAGAAGCCAUUGGAAAUGUUCAACAAAUGAGUUUAGGUUCAAUGCAGUUUGUCUGAAAAAAAAAGAAAUUUCUGAGUAUACUAGCAAGUAUAAGAAGGAGCUGAUGGGGGAAUUCUUGAAAUACUAUCCUUCACUGCAGGAAUUAAUCAUAUAUGAUGAUAGAGUACAUCAAAUAGAGGCGUUCAAGUCUUUCUUCCAUUCUUUGGAUUUGUCACGUUUGAAGUGGUCUGCGAUUCCCGUACGACCGUUCACAAAAUCACUGCCAAGAGAUCAGGAACUUGAAAUAGUGACGGAGAUGGUCCAAAAGAGUAAUAGUCAAGCUUUUAAUACUUCACAGAAGUUCGAUUUAACAUGGACACCAAGGCAAACGGGUUAUAUUCUUUGCAUGGCAUCGCAUCGGCUGCUAUCGAUAGAGGUUAUGAAGUAUUUGAGGCGGGGGAAAGGGAGAAGAACAUUCAGACCCAAACUGUAUGAAUAUCCCCUGUAUAUACCGUGUGCAGAACCCGGUAAAGAUAUCCCUGUGCUUGAAAUCGCUAAAAUAUGGUCAAACAAUGAGGCUUGCAUAUUUGAUUCUGAGGAGAAACUGCAACGUAUUUCAGAAAAAUUUCAUCAACAACAACCUGGGAAAUGUAUCGUACACUUUCAAGUCACCGAUCUUGCCGUCAUCUCGUCCGUCUGUCACAACAAAAGAAAACCAUUAGAGGUUUAUUUCAAGGCCACACCCGAUCCAAAUAGAUACGCUUUCACUCUGUUUCCAGAAUUUAUAGUCACAGGCCAUUUUUACAAGAAAGACCAAAUUGAAGAUCUAGAAGCGGUAACAGAACAUCUAAUGGACUGCAAGAAAGCCAUUCACUGGAUACCGCUAGAGAAAGCCAUUUCGAUAAAGACAUUUUUUGGACAGUAUACCAAACUGGCCUCAAUACCGCGUUCUGGUGCUUAA